AUGCCAGGGGCUACAUCAUUCCACGUUGGUGUCCCUCGGACGAAAUCCCGCGUAAACGCGUUGGUGUAUCCUCCAGACGAUCCGAUAUUUUCGAGACAAGUUGAGUUGUUCAAAGCCUUGAGGAUCGAGGAGACGUGGAAGGCAGUGAGGGAUUCGGGCCUUCAACGGAGGGAGCCAAUCGUGAGCUUAUUGGAUACCGGUAUUAAAGCCGAACAUCCUGAGUUCGAUGGGAGACUCCUCAAGGGGAUUGACCUUACUGGGCUACCUGGGAAGAAAGACACGGAUCGCCACGGCCACGGCACAGCAAUAGCUGGGAUCAUUGCGGCCAAUUCGAACAACGGCGAAGGUAUCAGUGGGAUCGCCGAUAAGGUGAAAAUACGAUCGGUUAGGAUGUCUUAUGAAAAGGGAGUUGCUCCUGUCAAGUUCUCUCGCGCCUGGGAGGAGGCGUUGCGAUGUGAUGAUACCGACAUCAUAGUCUUCGCUUAUAGUGGAAAGAAUUGUGGUCAGACUGCGGCUCUAUUUAGUCGUGUGUUGAAGAAAGCUGUCAAGAAGGGCUUCGUAGUCCUCGUAUCUUCCUCUAACUCGGACAAAGUCGACAGUGCGUGCGAGAUUGAGCAACCUUGUUCCCAGGCCAAUGGUAUAACAGGAGUUCUCUGCGUUACCUCAACCUACGUGGAUGACCCGAUGACGUUGGUCAGUGGGGCUUCCAAAUUGGCAACUCUUGCCGUACCAUCCUCCGACGUCUGGUUCCCAACACCGGAGCGUGAGGGAAGCGAGUGGCUAUAUUCAAAGAGUACGGGCUCAUCGGUCGCCACGGCUAUUGUUGCCGGGAUAGCAGCUCUGGUGACGAGUUUGGGGCACUUCGAUCCAGCAGACGUCGAGAGGAUAUUAUUGAACUCCACAAAGGGAAGAGCGAAAACGGAUAAAGACGAGAUGCUGUACGGAGUCCUCGAUCCCUACCUCGCUAUUCAACAGGCAAUUAAGGAAGCUACUUUAUCAACCUCGGAGGAGUCACGGAUGACUCGGAGGCAGAAAGAAUCAUCCUGCACGAUCUCGUGA